CUGUCCAUCCUUCCAUCCAACCUUCUUUCUUCUAGAGGUCGGGGUUAAUCGUAUUUGUUUCUUCAACGUUUUCACGCUCUCUCUGUCUAUCCUUCAUCCUAAACCCCUUCUAAUUCAAUCCCCCUCCCUUAACCCCUUCUAAUUCCGUGCUUUUCCCUUCUCCUUGAAUCCAAUCAACGGAAAUUUGAAACUUUCAUCCCUUCUCGAACGGCCCGAUUCAAUCAAUCAAUCAUUCAGACAAGAAUCACUGUGCAUCGCAUCCUAGAUCCUUCAGUUCAAUGGGGUUGGGUUUUUUGAUUCCAUUCCGAUCGAAUAACCCAGAUCAAUUUAAUCGCCAGUAAUAUAAUUCUUAUCCCAAUACUUGCAACUUUGAUUGGAUGAAUUAUCCAAACUCCUCAUGGAAUAAUGAAGAUAUAUUGAAUCCACAAUCAAGGUUUCAAGCUCAAGAAGAGGAGACAUGUCUGGAUAAAAAUUUGGAAGUUCAAUCAAGUUAUUUGCUCAACUUAGUUGCUGAAGAAAUAAAAGGUGAGUUACCUAGUGCAAUAAUGGCAAAUCAAGAAGAAGAGAAUGGUGUAUGUGAGAGGAGGAAUCGCACAAUCAUGAAUAUGGUGCAAAGUCUGAUGUCAAAGAGUGGCUUGCCUAAGGAGUUUUGGCCAGAAGCUGUUAAUUGGAGUGUUCAUAUCUUGAACAGAAGUACCACAUCUCCACUUCCAGAUUUGACACCAGAAGAGGCUUGGAGUGGACGUAGACCUGCUGUUGAUUACUUCAGAAUUUUUGGAUGCAUAACAUAUGCACAUGUGCUAGAUCAAAAAAGGAGUAAGCUUGAUGACAAAGGGGAAAAGUGUAUUUUCCUUAGUGUUAGUGAUCAGUCCAAAGCUUACAGAUUAUACAAUCCUUUAACCAAGAAGGUCAUCAUUAGCCGUGAUGUAGUGUUUGAUGAAGCAAGCACCUGGUCAAACACAACAGACUGGAGGUUUAACUUCAGCAGAUCUCAAGAUCUUCCAGAAAGGCACAAAACAAUUGGUGUUAAGUGGAUCUACAAGACAAAGCUCAAAGAGAAUGGGGCGGUUGACAAAUUCAAAGCUCGCUUUGCGGCAAAGGGUUAUAAGCAAGAGUUUGGCAUUGAAUAUCAAGAAGUUUUUGUUAUAGUUGCAAGGAUGGAUACUGUUAGAUUGGUGAUUGCAUUGGUAGCACAAAACUCAUGGCCGAUCUACCAGCUUGAUGUGAAAUCUGCCUUCUUGCAUGGAAAUCUGCAAGAACAUGUAUUUAUUGAUCAACCUCUUGGUUAUGUGAAAUUUGGUUCUGAGCAUAAGGUUUACAGAUUGAAGAAAGAAUUAUAUGGACUAAAACAAGUACCUAGAGCUUGGUGUAGUCGAAUUGAUGCUUAUUUUUUGAAGGAAGGUUUUCAAAAGUGCCCUUAUGAGCAUACACUUUACAUCAAAUUUGGAGAUGGAGAUUUUGGACUAUUCUAUAAGAAGGGUGACCAGACAGAUCUCGUAGGCUUUACAGACAGUGAUUAUGCUGGAGAUCUGGAUGAUAGAAAAAGCACUUCUGGGCUUGUUUUUAUGUUGGGAUCUGGUGCAAUUUCAUGGUCUUCAAAGAAGCAACCCAUUGUGACUUUGUCCACAACAAAAGUGGAGUAUGUGGCAGCAACUUCUUGUGCUUGUCAAGCUAUUUGGUUGAGAAGAAUUAUGGAAGAACUUGAGCUGAAUCAACAUAAGGCCACUUCAAUUUAUUGUGAUAACAAUUCAGCCAUCAAGCUUUCUAGAAAUCCAAUUCUACAUGGGAGAAGCAAGCAAAUACAUGUGAGGUAUAAUUUCUUGCGCAACUUGGUAGAAGAUGGAACAAUUGAGUUGAUUUAUUGUAGAACAGAAGAUCAAGUGGCUGAUAUAUUCACAAAACCCCUCAAAGUAGCAGCUUUUUCAAAACCAAGAAAGUUACUUGGUGUUUGCAGUAUGCAGAAUUCAGUUUGAGGGAGGGUCUGUAGAUUCCAGAUUGCAAAUCUGCAAAUAUGGUGUUAUCUAGAUUUAUUUAAACUAAAGUCAGAAGACUUUC